AUGUUCAGAUUGCAAUCGAGACAACUUACCACUAGUGCUAUAGCGAGAGCUGCACCUGCUCGUGGUAAAGCUCAAGGUUUUGCCAAAAAAACAUCAGGAAACAAAACGACUGCGAGGAGAAUUACACCAGAUACUCUUUACAAGAAUUGGCAAGAUACAGUCCAUACAGCUCGUUUAAAUCGUUAUGCAGUACCAGUAGAAAUUCCAACGUUCAAAAGUAGCGAAUUACAGAGCUUGUUGAAUAAAGUCACAUUUUACUCUAGUCAACAAUACCGUUCCUUAUAUCAUUUGGGAGCCUUCAAGAAGAGCCAAUUCAACGAAUUGUUUCCCAAACCAAUCUCUUUUGUACGUGAAGAAAGUACUCAAAAAUUGAUCGGAUUGCUUCAAAAUUCUUCAAAUAAAAGAUUUGUGCUAACGGGUGAACCGGGUGUUGGUAAAAGUGUGCUUUUGAGUCAAGCACAGGCAUAUGCAGCGGAGUCUGGUCAAAUUAUAUUAAAUUUCUCACAACCAUAUUUGUUUUUGAAUGGUAGAAACGAUUUCUUUUACGAUGCGAAUUUAAAGCAAUAUGUCCAACCCAUGUAUUUGAAGAGUUUAUUAAGAAAGAUUUUAAAAUCCAAUGAUGAAAACUUACUACGUUCUAUAACUUUGAAAUCUGAUUACAAGUUUUCUAAUGCCGAUCCUAAGGAUGCCGCUGUUAAGAAAUUUAUCACAUUUACCAAGGAUAAGAACAAUUUAUUUGACCUGUUAACAGUCAAGACACACGCUAGAAAUCGUGGUACCCUUUUCCAAGGUUUGUUAAAUGAGUUGGUUCAACAAAGUCAAGUACCUGUUUUUUUCUCCGUGGAUAAUUUCUCUCGUAUGUUGACAGAAUCAUUUUCGGCUUAUAAAGAUGUACACGGCAAAAACAUUCCAUUACUGGAUUUGCAAGUUGGUAAGGCUAUCAUGGAAGUGAUCGGUGGUGAUAUCAAAUUUACUAAUGAUCAAUCCAGUGUGGUUUUGGCCAUUUCUGGUGUUGAUAAAACCAACAGAACGUUACCAGUUGGUCUAAAUAAAUUACCGGCUGAUCCAUAUCUGAAGAGAAAGCAUUUGGACCCUGACUUUGCUGCUAUUUUACAAAAAGGUAAGGUACAAGAAUUUGAAGUACCUAAAUUAAGCAAAGAGGAAGUGAAACAGUUGGUAGAAUUCUAUUUGAAAUCUGAACUAUUCCUAAACAAAGAUAUUCAAAGUAAAUCUGUGGAAAAAUUAGUAGAUGAGAAGUAUUUCUUGAGCGGAAAUGGUAACUCAAGAGAACUUUUGAAAAGUAUCGUCUUGAUGCAUUUGUGA